GAGACAUAAACAACCGACGGAAUGCGAGCUCCUUCGAAUGAAGGCUUCCAGGACGUAGGUAAGCCUAUGAGACGAUACUGCAAGCAUGCUACGGUCUGUUCCAGACAUCUUGCGACCCUCCGGCAGCCCUCGCCGCCGGCAAAUUUCGGAUCACGUACUGAUGCUCGUAUCAUCAAAACUGGGUUCGACACUAAUACGUGUCGCGCCAACUUUCAGCUCAAUGAUCUGAUUAGGAUAGGUCAAGUUUCUCAAGCACACAAGCUGUACGAUGAAAUGCCUUCCAAGAACACCGUCUCGACGAACUUGAUGAUCUCGGGAUACGUGAAACUGGGUGACCUUUCCACUGCCCGAGCGUUAUUUGACACUUUGGUGGAUCGAUCCGCGGUUUCUUGGACGAUUUUGAUUGGCGGGUAUGUGCAGAAAGACCAGUUCAAAACAGCCUUCGAACUCCUGCGUCAGAUGUGCAGACACUGUACGCCUCCAGACGACGUGACGUUUGCAACACUUUUGUCUGGGUGCAAUGAUCCAUCUUCCGCCAAGCUGCUUCCUCAAGUUCACGCUAGCGUUGUUAAGUUGGGCUGUGAUUCCUUCCUCAGUGUUUGCAAUUCUCUGGUUGAUUCCUACAGUAAGAUUGGCCGUCUUGAUUUGGCUUGUUCGUUGUUCGAGGAAAUGCCCAAAAAGGACUCUGUUACCUUUAAUGCACUUAUGACAGGGUACGCGAAGGAGGGUUUGAACGAACAUGCGAUUAGGCUUUUCAUGGAAAUGCGAAACUCGGGUUACAAGCCUUCAGAUUUCACGUUUGCUGCGGUCCUGUGCGCUGGUGUGGGGUUAGACGAUCUAGAUUUUGGUCAGCAAGUUCACUGUUUGGCACUGAAAAUGAACUUUGCGUGGAAUGUAUUUGUUGGGAAUGCAUUGCUUGAUUUCUACUCGAAGCACAAUAGUCUUCUUGAAGCUGGGAAGUUUUUUUAUGAAAUGCCGGAGUUGGAUUGUGUUUCUUACAAUGUGAUGAUCACAGGGUACUCAUGGACUGAGCAAUACGAAGAAUCUCUGAAGUUGUUCAGGGAAUUGCAGCAUAUGGGAUUUGACAGGAGAAGCUUCCCAUAUGCAACGGUUUUGAGCAUUGCAGCUAACUUGUCGUUCCUGGAAAUGGGUCAGCAAGUUCAUUGCCAGACCAUUGUGACGACAACAGAUUCAGUCCUUCCAGUCAGGAAUUCUUUGGUGGACAUGUAUGCAAAAUGUGACAGGUUCAAUGAAGCUGAAAUAAUAUUCAGGAAUUUAUCACAAAAGAGCACGGUGCCGUGGACAGCCCUUGUCUCGGCUUAUGUUCAGAAAGGGCUUCACGAAGAAGGGCUAAAGUUGUUCAGCGAGAUGCAUAGAGCAGGCAUAAGAGCAGACCAAGCAACUUUUGCCAGUGUAUUGAAAGCGGCAUCAAGUUUGGCUUCUGCUUUAGUGGGGAAACAACUGCAUUCAUUCAUAAUCAGGUCAGGGUACAUGGACAACGUGUUCUCAGGAAGUGCACUUGUUGAUAUGUAUGCAAAAUGCGGUUCCAUCAGAGAUGCAGUUCGAAUCUUUGAAGAGAUGCCUGGGAGGAAUAUAGUUUCCUGGAAUGCAUUGAUUUCAGCAUAUGCUGAAAACGGAGAUGGGGAAGCAACAAUUGAUGCUUUUGCAAAGAUGAUUCAAUCUGGUUUCUGGCCAGAUUCAGUCAGCAUGUUGUGUGUUUUGAACGCAUGUAAUCAUUGUGGAUUUGUUGAACAAGGAACACAGUAUUUUGGAGCUAUGUCUCAGAUCUACGGAAUUACUCCAAAGAGGGAACAUUAUGCAUGCAUGCUGGAUUUAUUCUGCAGAAAAGGAAGAUUUGCAGAAGCGGAAAGCCUGAUGGAGACAAUGCCAUUUGACCCAGAUGAAAUCAUGUGGUCUUCGGUUUUGAACUCAUGUCGAAUUCACAAGAAUCUAGAAUUGGCUGAGAAAGCUGCAUUGCAGCUCUUCAGUAUGGACAAACUCAGGGAUGCUGCUUCAUAUGUGAACAUGUCCAACAUUUAUGCAGCUGCAGGUCAAUGGGGAAAUGUUAGCCAUGUCAAGAAAGCAAUGCGGGAACGUGGAAUCAAGAAGGUUCCUGCUUAUAGCUGGGUUGAAGUUAACCACAGGACUCAUAUCUUCUCUUCUAACGACCAGAGGCACCCGAAGAGGGAUGAAAUUGUGCGAAAGCUCAAUGAACUCACAGCUGAGAUUGAAAGGGAAGGGUACAAGCCUGACAUGGUGGGCUGUGCGUUGCACGAUGUUGAUGAGCAGAUGAAGAUGGAGUCGCUUAAAUUCCACAGUGAACGUUUAGCGAUUGCGUUUGCCAUUAUAAGUACACCAGAAGGGUCACCGAUCGUGGUAAUGAAGAACUUGAGGGCAUGCGCUGAUUGCCAUUCUGCAAUAAAGAUUAUCUCCAAGAUUGUCAAGAGAGAGAUAACGGUGAGGGAUUCAAGCAGAUUUCAUCACUUUAGGGAUGGGGUCUGUUCAUGUAGAGACUACUGGUAAGAUGGAUAUUAUGUACAAACAUGUUGACUUUGUAACAGUUGAUGAUGAAUCAAAUAUGUCAAAAAGAUUGGUUUCAUAUGAAAAGUAAAGAACAGAACAAUGAGGAUCUGCUGCCUGGAGAGGUGAUUCACAACGAUUGGGAUCAAAAGCAUAUAAUGUAGGCAGAUGCUACUACUACACUUGCUAGUCGUCCAGUUCCAGGAUGUCUGUCUCGAAGAAGGCAAAGUGGAGAGCCCUCACACACUGCUCCGCUUCCUCAUCAUCCACUAUCAGUGAGAUGUUCAC